AUGUUUGAAUUUGCAUUAUUUAUAUUCUUUUUCCCUCUCUCUCUCUCUCUCUCCCACUCUCUGUCAAACGAUCUCUCUCUCUAUCUAUCUAUCUAUCUAUCUUCUGUUUUCUUCUCAAACCUUUCUUUUCUUUAUUAUUCUUUUCCCAUAAGUCUCUGUUCUUUUCUUUUAUUCGAUAUUUUCUUUUUCUUUUUUUUCUUUCUUCCUUGCUUUUCUUCUUUCUUUCUUUUUCUUUCUUUCUUUCUCCUCUUUUCUUCAUUUUUGGUCUUCAUCCUUUUUUUAUCUGCUUCGUCCCGCUUCCGUCGUCAUCUUCUUCUUUCCACCCCUUUUCUUAUCUUUCUUUAUCCUCCUCAGCUCUUCUUCUUCUUCUUCUUCUUCUUCUUCUUCUUCUUCUUCUUCUUCUUCUUCUUCUUCUUCUUUUCUUCUUCUUCUUCGCCGAUUUCUCUUUCUUCCACAACUCUUUCUUUCCUCAUUCUUUCGCCUCGUUUUCAUUUUCAUUUACUUUCUUCUUUAUUGAAUGACUUUUCUGUUCCUUUAUUUUCUUUUCUUUCGAUCUUUCUUUUCCUCCCCACAUUCUGUUCUUUCUGUUUCGUCUACUUAUCUAUUUUUUUUUUCAUUCCUCUCUUUCUCCUUUCCUCCGUUUACACCUCCACUUUGGCUGUAUAA